UCGACACCCACGUCAUGUCCCCCCGUCCCUUUCAGGAGCCCAGUGGAGAGCCUGUCCCCAAGCGACCGAGGGGCCGCCCCAAAGGAAGCAAGAACAAGGGCCCCUCCAAGGCGGCGCAGAAGAAAGCCGAGGCGACCGGGGAGAAAAGACCCCGAGGGCGACCCAGGAAAUGGCCACAGCAAGUCGUCCAGAAAAAGCCUGCUCAGGAAGAAGAAGAGGAAGAAGAAGAAGAAGAAGAGGCCGGAGAGUCCCCGGAGGAGGACUAAGCUACCACACCAUGAAACCUCUACCUCAUCCAGCUGUCAGGUCUUUCAAAGGGAACAGACGGCCUUGACCACUCGUUGUUUUUGACUUUGAUCCACAGGCUUUUCUACUUGGUUUCAUUUCAGUUAGAGAAUUAUGUCCAUCUUAGCUCUCCGUCACUGAACAGGUCAGUAUACGUCUGCGUCUUUAAACUCCUCUGAUACACGUUUUACAUAUAAAGAGCAUACGGUGUUUAUUAUAAUAAGAAUACAAUCAUGUGAUUGGCUGAACAGACACAAACAGAGAAACCAGAACAACACACUCACACUCCUCAGUGAGAAGCAGCUAACACACACACACAGUGAGGGAGGAUUCAGGAUCCUCAGAGGAUCAUCAUCAUCGUUCUGCAGACUACAGCGUGGUACUGAGGUGCUAAUCACAUACUACUACACACUCUGUCACUGUUUACUGAUUCCACCGGGACAGUCUGGACAUGUAGAGCAACCGUCUGCUGUUCCAGUAUGUCAGCGUCACCUCGAAAACCAACCAGACUAAUGUCAGGCCACCAAACACAAGGAGACACACACAUCUUUCGGUCCAUCAUGUUGGCUUACAGACAGGUAGAAGUUGUUACCGUUGAGUCCCCGUACAUCAUCUUUACAUGUAGAAACAGGCCCAUCUUCCUCUAUCCACCUGCUCCAGGAUGCAUUUAAAGCUUUCAUUGACCCGGUGUUGCUCGAUAGACCAGAACAUCGGAGCUCUACCUGAGCUCUCCUCCCUCUUCUACCGGUCCAGAAAACAAUAGAACCUCUUCCCAUCCUGUCGGUACUCCGCUACCAAACCCUGCAUCAGACUACUGAAUAGCAUUUGUUCAGAUGUACGUUAACGAGCUGGUGUACGUUCAGCAGCUUCAUCCAGCUUGUUGUUAAGCUUUAAAACCUCGACUCCGCAAAGAAAUCCACAAAACCUCAAGAACAAAAACCACAAGAACAAACCACACGUUACCUCAUGACACACUUGAUACCUGGACUUAGCGGACGACUCAUCGCGUACCGUAACUCCAGGAACCUGAUUGGUUAAACUGAUAUGCAAUAUAUCCUCUCAUGAUCUCAAACUACCUCUGACUCAGCACAACCAGCUAAUGAACUCUGUUGCUCAGUACAACGCUGAGCCGAUGCCCGGGAAGGCAGCGUGCGUUCACAUAUCUGUGUUGUAACUUUAUACUGUACAUUAAAGCAAGGUCAUGCCGGUUGCUUGUUGUCUUGUCAAGGAGAAACAGCAAUCUGCCUGCAACUGUUCUGUUUGAUUCAGUCAGGUGAACACGACGUAAUCCGUAAAGAAGCAAAAGUCAGAAAUGACGGAGCCACGUGCAUCCACGGCUGUUUCACCAUCUGUCCUGUUGGUUAUGAGGUUAUGAUAGACCAGACAUGUAGAAUGAUUAUUAAAACAUAACAUUAACAUUAACAUAACUUAGCUUUAACAACGUUAUCUGAACAGUGUUAUAAAAGUGAAACCUGUUUCCCCGUUGUGUUGUUAAACCACACGUUGAGCUGAGGAGACACUGGCCGUGUUUCCAUUCAUAGUUUUAUGCAUAUUUUGAAGUAUCGCAUUAAAAGCUGUACGGAAAUGGCACAAAUUGAUUGCGGAAAAAAAAGUUUUUGCCGAAUAAAUUCUGGCGUAUCUUUUAACCCAAUAUGACUGAUGUGAGGCCGGUACUACCAAGCCAGUUACACAUCCAGGGUAUCUUCAGUUCUCCACCCUGUAGACGUUGAUUCACGUUUGGUCUGUGUUCUCUAGAUCCGACGGUUAAACUGAGGAUGUGUUUACUUCAUCACUAGAGAGUUGCCGGAUCUCAGCAAAGUGACUGAAAUGUCAUCAUAACCUUCAGGCAUGAUGGUCAAAACGCAAGACAACAGACUCUUUCCUUUAACUGGAGACCGACUCUAAAGCCGUCAGUCGUCAGGAUUUAAGGCCGUGCUUGAAAUGUUAAGGUACGUGUUCAUUGGGGCCUUUUUUAUCGCGAGGGGACGCGCCGCUUCCCAGCGUUGGACGCUUGAUGGGCCGUCACUAGACACAACACACUCGGCUCCUGAUUGGACGAACG